CCAAAAAAUCAGUUAUGUUCUUUUAAUUUAAACAAAAGAAAUGAAUAUGAUAGAUUAGAUUGAGAUAAGUGCCACCGGAGAAGAAUGAUUCGGCGGUUAUGGUGUGUGCAGUGUCAGAGCGCGUCGUUCUCUUCCACUUCCACCACCACCAACAAGAAGAAGCCCGUUGUUCUCUUGGGAGCACCUCAGGUCUCCACGAUAGUCCUUGACGCACUUCUCACCGCUUCUGCUUCUCCACAUUCUUCCUUUGAGGUUGCGGCUAUUGUGACUCAGCCAGCCGCUAGAAGGGACAGAGGGAAAAAGCUUUCGCUCUCUCCCUUGGCCAACUAUGCUCUUGACAGAGGCUUCUCUCAGAAUCUUAUUUUCACUCCUCAACGUGCCGGAGACGAUACUUUCUUGUCCGAUUUAAAAGCUUUGCAGCCGCAGCUAUGCAUUACGGCAGCUUAUGGAAAUAUAUUACCUACCAAGUUUCUAGAUAUCCCUCCUUUCGGAACAGUUAACAUUCACCCUAGCCUUUUGCCAAUGUAUCGUGGUGCUGCUCCGGUCCAAAGGGCAUUGCAGGAUGGUGUUAAAGAAACUGGAGUGUCGUUAGCAUUCACUGUUCGUGCACUCGAUGCUGGACCUAUCAUUGCUACUGAAGCAGUUCAAGUUGAUCAUUAUAUAAAGGCACCUGAUUUACUUGAACUCCUGUUUCAUAAAGGGUCUGAACUUCUGAUUCGGGAACUUCCGUCUAUAUUUGAUGGAUCAGCAAGAGUGAAGGCACAACCCCAAGAUGAUUCUAAGGCUACAUUGGCACCAAAGAUAGGUCCAGACGAAUCAUGGCUAUUCUUUGAUCAAGAAGCAUCUGUUCUCCAUAAUAAGGUUCGUGCAUUUUCAGGGUGGCCAGGAUCUAGAACGCAGAUUCUAGUAGUUGACAAAAAUGGUGAAAAGAAAACUUUGGAGAUUAAAGUCAUAACCACACGAGUUUGUACCCAUGAAAGUGUGCAGUUCAAUGAAGCAGAUGACAUUACAUUUGUCAAUGAUGCAUUGGUGUUUCCAUGUGGAAGGGGCACCACACUUGAGGUAUUGGAGCUUCAGCUUCCUGGAAAAAAGGUGGUUAAUGCAGCUGCUUUCUGGAAUGGCUUGCGGGGACAAAAGCUGAAGAAAACAUGAGCAGCAGUGGUUUAUCGAACAGAAAGCCCUAUUUAAAACUAUCAUCUUUCAUCCGGCUGUUUGGGCAAUUGAUUCUUUCUUUUUUAUUUUGAUUUGAUUCAAGAUUUUCAAUUUCUUCAAUCAUUUACAUGAUUUGUAGAUAACUAUCAUAUCAGUAUUUUUAUUUUAACACACUAUUUUAACCUUGAAAAUAGAAAACUAGAUGUAUUGGAAGUCAAA